GGAAACAGAAACACGCUCUGUCGGCUCUGGACGUGUUGGAGGCGGCGAACACUGAGUCCAUCGACCUGGACAAUCUGAAACUGCUGCAGCUGAUUGGUCGAGGUCGUUACGGCGCAGUGUUUCGUGGCAGUCUUAACGAGCGCUGUGUUGCUGUCAAACUCUUCAGCUCGGCUAACCGACAGAACUUUGCUAACGAGUGCUCGAUCUACUGCCUCCCUCUUCUGCGGCAGCACAACAACAUCAGCCGCUUCCUGACUGCCGAUGAGAGGACGACGGCUGACGGACAGCCAGAGUUCCUGAUCGUCAUGGAGUACUAUCCACAU